UGCAGCCUGAGGGGCGGCGGCGGCGGGCGAGGGGGCGCGGCCGGCCCGGGCGGGUCUGGCUGCGGCCGGUUGGCGUGGGUCCCGGGUCUGGGUCCCAGAGCGCUCCGGGCCGCGCUUCUGAAGUUGAUUGGCACGCCUGACGUUUGUCUCUCUUGUUCGUAACGGGGACGCAGGGAGGAAAUGGAAAGGUCCCCGGACUGCUGCGAGGCGGGGUCUGGGGUCGUCCCACGGGAGGUGGUCCUUGCCACGGUGUGUGAGCCCCUUUCUUCUUGGGUGGAGAGGUGGAAGCCAGACCUAUUUACGAGACCAGCUACCCCUGAUGAAGAAGUGUUGGAGUAGUUGCUGAAAUUGACCCUUAUUGACCUGAGACAGUCUUAUUUGUUCUACGAAUUUUUUUUUUUGUUUUUUUUUUGUUUAUUCCACUGCUUUGAGCUUUACUGUAACGGCUGAUAAACUUGGAAAAUAAAGUAAUAUGAUAUGGUCUUGAACCGUCUUUUUGAGGAAAUAUUAAAGUACCAGAGUGGAAAGCCAGAAUGGCAGCCAGAGAGAGGCUCUUUGAACUUUGGAUGCUUUAUUGUACAAAGAAAGAUCCAGAUUACCUGAGACUGUGGUUGGACAAUUUUGUUUUAAGUUAUGAACAAUUUUUAGAUGUUGACUUUGAAAAGCUGCCUACAAGGGUGGAUGAUAUGCCUCCAGGAAUAUCUCUGCUUCCUGAUAAUAUUCUGCAGGUUCUGAGGAUCCAGCUGCUACACUGUGUUCAGAAAACAGCAGAUGGGUUAGAGGAACAACAACAAGCAUUGUCAAUUUUGCUUGUUAAAUUCUUCAUUAUUCUUUGCAGGAAUUUAUCAAAUGUAGAAGAAAUUGGGACUUGCUCUUAUAUUAAUCACGUCAUUACCAUGACAACACUGUAUAUUCAGCAAUUAAAAAGCAAAAAAAAGGAGAAGGAAAUGGCUGAUCAGACAUCUAUUGAAGAAUUUGUGAUCCAUGCACUGGCAUUCUGUGAAAGCUUGUAUGAUCCAUAUAGAAAUUGGAGACAUAGAAUUUCAGGACGAAUCCUUAGUUCUGUGGAAAAGAGCAGACAGAAAUACAAACCAGCUUCUCUCACAGUGGAGUUUGUUCCUUUCUUUUAUCAAUGUUUUCAGGAAAGUGAACAUCUCAAGGACAGUCUUAAGUGUUGCUUAUUGCAUCUCUUUGGAGCCAUUGUAGCCGGUGGGCAGAGGAAUGCUUUGCAAGCAAUUUCUCCAGCCACCAUGGAAGUUCUUAUGCGAGUUUUGUCUGAUUGUGAUUCAUGGGAAGAAGGAGAUCCUGAGGAAGUGGGUAGAAAGAGAGAGCUAACUCUGAAAUGCCUUACACAAGUGGUGCAUAUCCUUCUUACUAGCAGCUCUGACCAGCGUCAGGUGGAAACCAGUACCAUCCUGGAGAACUAUUUUAAGUUGCUUAAUUCUGAUCACUCAGCUUUACCUAAGCAGGGGAGGUCCAGGCGGUGGGAAAGCCAGUUCAUAGCUCUGCAGAUUAAGAUGCUCAAUACCAUCACAUCCAUGUUAGAUUGCACAGACAGGCCCGUUCUUCAGGCCAUUUUUCUCAACAGUAAUUGCUUUGAACAUCUCAUCCGACUUCUACAGAACUGCAAGCUAUUUUUAAAUGCUCACAGUAAGGUGACAGACAAGAAUGAGAAAGACCUUGCCAACCAAUUACUGACAGAGAUGAGUGAGGAUCAGGUAUUCCAGGGGCAGUUGGAUUGCUUGGCUGUGUCAGCCAUUCAGGCUUUGACAGCAGUGAUGAAGAGUUCUCCAGCUGCUAAGGAAGUAUUUAAAGAAAGAAUUGGCUAUAUGCACAUGUUUGAGGUAUUAAAAUCUUUGGGCCAGCCACCACAAGAAUUGCUUAAAGAACUUAUGAACAUGGCUGUUGAGGGUGAUCACACUUCAGUUGGCAUUUUGGGCAUUAGUAAUGUCCAACCUCUCUUGGUUCUUAUCCAGUGGCUUCCGGAGCUAGAAUCUCAUGACCUGCAAAUCUUUGUCUCUGAUUGGCUGAAAAAAAUUUGUUGCAUUAAUAAGCAGAGCAGAACUACCUGUGUGAAUGCAAACAUGGGAAUAAAAAUCAUUGAAGCCCUUGAAUCCCAUUCUUCCCUACAUCGAACUUGUGCUGAGAACUUGAUUGCAAUCCAUGGUUCAUUGGGGAGUCAGUCUGUGAGCUCAGAAGAAAUCCGUCGGCUUCUGCGACUGCUGAGAGUAGAUGAAUCAGAGUGUAUUCACCCAUAUACCAUUCCUGUGACUCGUGCAGUCCUGACAAUGGCACGGAAACUCAGUUUUGAGAGUGCACUGCAGUAUUUUAAUUUGUCACAUAGCAUGGCCGGAAUUUCUGUGCCUGCUAUUCAGAGAUGGCCUGGGUCUGCAUUUUCCUUCACUGCUUGGUUUUGCUUAGAUCAGGAUCCGUUGACCCUUGGGAGUGCCAACAAAGGAGGAAAAAGAAAACAAUUAUAUAGCUUUUUUACAGGAAGUGGAAUGGGUUUUGAAGCUUUCAUUACCCACUCAGGUGUGCUGGUUGUGGCAGUGUGCACAAAGAGAGAGUACGCGACAGUUAUGCUUCCUGACCACAGCUUCUGUGAUUCUCUCUGGCAUAACAUAACCAUCGUUCACAUGCCUGGAAAAAGGCCCUUUGGCCAGAGUCUUGUCUAUAUCUAUGACAAUGGACAACAAAAGGUUUCUGCCCCUCUCAGAUUUCCUGCCAUGAAUGAGCCAUUUACUUCCUGUUGUAUUGGUUCAGCUGGGCAAAGAACCACUACUCCUCCACCAUCUCAAAUCCCAGAUCCACCAUUUUCUACUCCCAUUACCCCUCACCGGACAUCAUUUGGUGGAAUAUUGUCAUCAGCCUCCUGGGGAGGAACAAUUGAAAAAUCGAAAUUGUUUACCAAAUUAAUUUCAGCUGGAACCCAAGAUAGUGAAUGGGGUUGUCCCACGUCUCUGGAGGGCCAGCUAGGAUCUGUGAUUAUAUUCCAUGAAGCUCUGCAGCCUCCUCAGGUCAAGGCUUUGUAUUUAGCAGGUCCAAAUUGCUUAAGCCCUUGGAAGUGUCAAGACUGUGAUAUGGCCGACUUGCCAAGUAACAUCCUCCUUCACUACACAGGAAAGGCUUGCAAAAAUUCAAUUUGCCUUGACUUGUCUGCUAACUGUUUGCAUGGAAGAUUAACAGGAAACAAAGUAGUGAAUUGGGACAUUAAGGACAUCAUCAAUUGCAUAGGUGGGUUAAAUGUACUGUUUCCUUUGCUGGAACAAAUAAGCCACUUUAGUGAAGGACAGACUUCUGAAGCAAUGAGUGAAAACACAGUUCCUGAAUUAGUAACACCUAGUGAACAAGAAUGUAUGGGAUUGGCCUCCACAAGAGCAUCAGAGUCAAGGCUGGAGAAAAAUCUAAUUGCAACAUUUAUUUUGAUUGUGAAACACUUUAUUCAGAGACAUCCUAUCAACCAGGACAAUCUGAUUCAGUCCCAUGGAGUUGCAACUCUUGGUGCUUUACUUCAAAAGGUGCCAGGUUCUCAAAUGGAUGUUAAUGUAUUGAUGGCAAUUCAAUUACUAAUUGAGCAGGUAUCAUUAGAAAAAAACACACUGUUGCUUCAACAAAUGUAUCAGUGUUUACUCUUUGACUUCCGUAUUUGGAACCGUGGAGAUUUUCCUUUUCAGAUUGGCCAUAUACAGUAUCUUUCGACAAUCAUUAAAGACAGCAGGAGAGUUUUCAGGAAGAAGUACGGCGUGCAGUUUCUCCUGGAUACACUUAGGAUUUAUUAUGGGCAUGGUUCUACAUGUAAUGAGCUAUCUCCAGAUGAUAUUCGAACAAUAAGGACUUCUUUGUAUGGGCUAAUUAAAUAUUUUCUUUGUAAAGGUGGAACCCAUGAAGAAAUACAGAGUAUCAUAGGUUAUAUAGCUGCCACUAAUGAAGAAGAACAGCUCUUUGGAAUUUUGGAUAUACUUUUCAGUCUUCUACGAACCAGCCCAACUAGAGGUCAGCUUUUCUUACUGCUGUUUGAACCAGGAAAUGCUGACAUACUGUAUGCCUUGCUGUUAAAUCAGAAGUACUCUGACAAACUGAGAGAAAUCAUUUUUAAGGUCAUGGAACAGAUGUUAAAAUGCACAAAUGUUUAUGAACGUAGUAAACAACGUAUCCGUCUUAGAGAAGUUGGCUAUUCAGGAAUUGGACUCCUCCUUAAUGAAGCACCAGUUAACACAUCUCUUAUUAAAAACCUUGUUAACCAAAUCAUUAAUACAGAUCCUGUUAUUAAUUUCAAAGAUCUAUUAUCUGUAGUAUAUAUCUGUCACAGAACACAUGUAAAUGUCAGAGUGGUCCUCUGUAGAAAGAUAUUACAGAUUUUGCAGUCCCAGCCAGAUGCAGCAUACCAGAUAUCACAACAAGUGGGUUGGCAAGACACCUUUGUUAGACUUUUCUUAAAAGCAAAUUUUGAAAAUGUAAAUUCCCUUAACAAACACGGGAAGACAGUUUCAAUGAAAGAAAAUAAAAAUAUGUCAACUGAAGAUGUUAAGAGGAACUUUGAAAAACUGGAUGAUGAAAAAAUGAUGUUAGCUGACGUAUCUUCAGACCAUUGGAGUUUAGAAGAUAGUCAGUCCCUGAACUCAAACACACCAUUAUUUCAAGAAGAUAGCUCUGAAGGAGAAUUAUCUUUCAAGUCAGAGAAUCAAGAAGAAUUUUGGCAUAGUAAUACUUCCCAUCUGAGCUUAGAUCUCAGUGGAAUUGAUGCAUGUGAACUGAGCGACAGUGGAAGUCAAGUGCCAGACAGUUCACCUAGCACUCCAUCUCCAGUAGAGUCUACUAAGUCAUUUUCUUUGCAGUCUGACAAAGAAAGAAGCAUCACGAAUGAAAUGGGCUUCAGUGAUGACUUCUCUUUUCUUGAAAGCCAAGAGAGAUGUGAAGAAGAACUUUUUCAGCUGCUUACAAAUAUUUUGAAUUAUGUUAUGUGUAAAGGACUAGAAAAGUCUGAUGAAGACACUUGGAUUGAAAGAGGACAGGUGUUUUCAGCACUAACUAAGCCAGGAAUAUCAAGUGAGCUGCUUCGACCCUCAGAUGAAGUAAAACUAACUUUGCUACAGAAGAUGUUAGAGUGGGCAAUCACAGAAAAUAGAGAUGCAAAAAGUAGUCCUGUAACUGCUGAAAAUGCCUUCCGACUCAUGUUGAUCGUACAAGACUUUCUGCAAUCAGAAGGACUGGUUAAUUCAAACAUGUGGACUGAGAAGCUUUUAGAAGAUGCCACGCAGCUCCUAGACUGUCUGUCAGUAUGGUAUUCUGAGAAUCCAGCAUGGGUAAAACUCUCUCAGAUUCAGACCCAGCUGCUUCUAGAGUUCAUCGGAAGAGGCAGUUUGCAGGUUUGUGCAAUGGCAUCAGCUAAGCUCAAUGCUCUUCUUCAGACCAAAGUGAUUGAAAAUCAAGAUGAAGCAUGCUAUAUUUUAGGGAAACUAGAACAUAUUCUAAGUCGGUCAAUCAAGGAACAGACAGAAAUCUAUUCAUUUCUGAUUCCCCUUCUCCGGACUCUGGUUUCUAAAAUUUAUGAGCUGCUUUUCAUGAACUUGCACCUGCCUUCCUUGCCUUUUACUAAUGGAAGCGCUUCAUUUUUUGAAGAUUUUCAAGAAUACUGCAAUUCCGAAGAGUGGCAAGUUUACAUUGAAAAAUACAUUGUACCUUACAUGAAGCAGUAUGAAGCGCAUACAUUUUAUGAUGGCCAUGAGAAUAUGGCACUUUACUGGAAGAAUUGUUAUGAAGCCUUAAUGGUGAAUAUGCAUAAAAGAGACCGAGAAGGAGGAGAAAGCAAGCUGAAAUUUCAGGAGUAUUUUGUGGAGCCAUUUAAUCGAAAAGCCCGUCAAGAGAACUUGAGGUAUAAUAAUAUGAUUAAACAACUUAACAGUCAGCAGUUGGCGGCUGUUAGACGCUGGAAGGCGAUACGGCUCUAUCUUACGUGCGAAAGGGGGCCUUGGGCUGAAAAGAAACAGAAUCGAAUUCACUGGAAACUAGCUAAUGUUGAAAAUUAUUCCCGCAUGAGACUUAAACUGGUACCAAAUUAUAAUUUCAAAACCCACGAGGAAGCUAGUGCCUUAAGAGAUAAUUUAGGUGUUCAGCACUUACAGCCUUCCAGUGAUUCAUUGCUUUUGGAAGUAGUGAAACAAGUUAAACUCAGUGACAUGGAGGAAGAUAAACUAGAACUUCUUGAAGAGGACAUGGCAGCUAGAGUAAAUAUUGAUGAAAAGGAAGAACAGAAUCAAAAGGAAAAAUUGGUAUUGACUGAAGACUGUGAACUCAUUACUGUAAUUGACAUAAUUCCCGGCAGAUUAGAAGUCACUACUCAACACAUUUACUUCCAUGAUAACAGUGUUGAAAAAGAAGAUGGACUGGGCUUUGAUUUCAAGUGGCCCCAUUCUCAAAUUCGAGAGAUUCACUUACGUCGUUACAACUUAAGGAGAUCAGCACUUGAGAUUUUUCAUGUUGAUCAGUCCAACUACUUUCUCAAUUUCAAAAAAGAGGUUAGAAACAAAAUAUAUAGCAGACUUUUGUCACUUCAUUCUCCUACUGGUUAUGGAACAAGAUCACCACAGGAGUUAUUCAAAGCAUCAGGGUUAACACAGAAAUGGGUGAAUAGAGAGAUAACAAACUUUGACUACCUCAUUCAAAUAAAUACCAUGGCAGGACGAACCUAUAAUGACCUUGCACAGUACCCUGUGUUUCCCUGGAUUUUGCAAGAUUAUACUUCAGAAGAGUUGGACCUAAAUAACCCUACUGUAUUUCGAGAUCUUUCUAAACCAAUUGGAGUAGUUAAUGAAAAAAAUGCCAAAGCUAUGCGUGAAAAGUACGAGAAUUUUGAAGACCCAAUGGGAACAAUUGAUAAGUUUCACUAUGGUACUCACUAUUCCAAUUCUGCGGGCGUCAUGCACUAUCUGAUCCGCGUGGAGCCAUUCACCACCCUCCACAUCCAGCUUCAGAGUGGACGGUUUGACUGUGCAGACCGGCAAUUCCAUUCCAUCCCUGCUACCUGGCAGGCACUUAUGGAUAAUACAUAUGAUGUUAAAGAACUUAUUCCUGAAUUCUUCUAUUUCCCAGAGUUUCUAGAAAAUCAAAAUGAAUUUAAUUUGGGUCACUUACAAGUUUCCAAAGAACUGGUUAACGAUGUUAUUCUUCCAAGAUGGGCUAAGUCAGCUGAAGAUUUCAUUUAUAAACACAGAAAAGCUCUGGAGUCUGAAUAUGUUUCUGCUCAUCUUCAUGAAUGGAUAGAUCUGAUCUUUGGCUACAAACAGAGAGGGCCAGCUGCGGUGGAGGCACUCAAUGUCUUCUAUUACUGUAGUUAUGAAGGUGCUGUAGAUCUUGAUGCCUUAACAGAUGAAAAGGAAAGAAAAGCCUUAGAAGGGAUGAUUAAUAAUUUUGGGCAAACACCUUGUCAGCUGUUAAAGGAACCACACCCUCCAAGAUUAUCAGCAGAAGAAGCUAUUCAAAAGCAAACCAAAACAGAAAUUUCAACCCUAAACCUCUUUCAACACCUCACUGAACUGAAGUCAUUUUUUAUAGAGGGAAUUAGUGAUGGUAUUCCACUAUUAAAGGCCAUCAUCCCCAAAAAUCAGUCUCGUUCUUUUAUGUCUCAAGGCAGCCCUGAGUUACUGAUAACAGUAAGCAUGAAUUAUGUUAUUGGAACCCAUGGAUGGCUACCAUAUGACAGAAAUAUUUCUAACUAUUUCACAUUCAUCAAGGAUCAAACUGUGACCAACCCAAAAGCUCAGCGCACCAUUAGUGGUCCUUUUGCCCCAGGACUGGAAAUCACUUCCAAACUGUUUGUAGUGUCACAUGAUGCAAAGUUGCUCUUCAGUGCUGGACACUGGGAUAAUAGUAUCCAAGUAAUGUCACUUACCAAAGGCAAAAUUGUCUCACAUAACAUCCGACAUAUAGAUAUUGUGACUUGCUUAGCUACAGAUUACUGUGGAAUACACUUGAUUUCUGGCUCCAGGGACACUACAUGCAUGAUAUGGCAAAUAACACAGCAGGGAGGCACUCCUGUGGGCUUAGCACCUAAACCUUUUCAAAUUCUCUAUGGACACACUGAUGAGAUACUGAGCGUGGGUAUCAGCACUGAACUCGACAUGGCAGUAUCAGGGUCAAGGGAUGGCACUGUGAUUAUACAUACCGUUCAGAAAGGUCAGUACAUGAGAACCUUACGACUGCCUUGUGAGAGUUCCCUGUUCCUGACAAUUCCCAGUUUGGCCAUAUCCUGGGAAGGACACAUUGUUGUCUAUUCCAGCUUGGAAGAAAAGUCCGUCCUCAAGGAUAAGAACCUAUUACAUUUGUUUUCUAUAAAUGGAAAGUAUCUGGGGUCUCAAGUCCUGAGUGAACAAAUAUCAGACAUGUGCAUAAUUGGAGAACACAUUAUCACUGGCAGCUUACAAGGGCUCCUGUCUAUAAGAGAGCUCCACAGCUUGAAGCUCAGCGUCACUCCAUUAGCCAUGCGAUUACCUAUCCACUGUGUUUCUAUAACCAAAGAAUACAGCCACAUUCUUGUUGGCUUAGAAGAUGGCAAGUUGAUUGUAGUGGGUGUUGGCAAGCCAGCUGAGAUGCGAUCGGGUCAGCUUUCUCGAAAAUUGUGGGGAUCUAGCAAGAGGCUCAGCCAGAUUUCAGCUGGAGAAACGGAAUAUAAUACUCAAGAUUGCAAGUGACUGUCCUUCCGCCUUCUGUGAUGGAGACUGAGCUUCGUUAUGGCUCUGUCACUUCAGCUGCACCUCUCCACUCUGAAAGUCUCUAAGGUUUUAUCCUGAAGAAUGGACUUCCAUGCUUUGAUAUUGGAGCACAUGCCUGUAACACUAACGCUCGAGAGGCUGAGGAAAGAAGGUGGCUCUUAAGUUCAAGGCCAACCUGUGCUACAUAGCAAGGCCUUGUCUCAAAAAUACAUAAGUUGUAGGUUGUAUUAAGUCCAUAUUUAAAGCUUUGCCAAUAUGAGUCUAGUUUUAUUAACCAGUACUAAAAUUCAAUUGAGAAAAUAUUGAUUUAAUUUAAUAAUUUGAUUAAAUAAUUCCAAAUUAUUAAAUCUGUAAAAAAAUUAUAAUUUAUAAUUUAUUUUGAGGUUAAAGUCCCUUAACCUAAGUAGCAAAAUUCAAAAUAUUCCUAAUAAAGUAGUUGUAUAAGAUAAUAGAGAUUUGAGAGAUGUGGCUUUUCAUGUGUUCUUUAGAUAAUCAUUUUUCUGUUUAUUGGCCAUUACAUUAAAAACAUCAGUUUACUCAUGAAGCUCCUGGUUAAGGUAAUAACCUUGUACACAUUUUUUUACCAUUGAAUUUUCAUAAGUUGCAUGCCUGCACAAUUGGAUUAAAUACAAACAUUGAAAUAGUACAGUGGUUCAUUUCCCUAUCCCUAAUAUUUAAUAUAUGAAUAAUAAAAUGUAUUUAAUUGCAACAAAAGUUUAAUAGGAAAAAAGAAAAACUAGAGAUAAGUUUUGCAAAUGUACUUCAUUAAUAGUAUAUUUAAGCAAAAAAAAAAAAAAUGGUAAUUGUGGCUUUGACCAGUCAGUCCUUUGAGUAGCAUUGCAGCACAAUUUACAUCUAUGAAAUUCACAUUAUUGUGCAUUUGUCUUUGUUAAACAAACACUGUAUGUACUCUCUUUGUACUUAAGCAUUUUUACCCGGAUGAUUACGAGUUAUCAGUAAUGCCCUAAAAAGUUCAUGGUUUAUGGAAAUAACACUGCAUAAUUCAAUGUAGUCAUUUAGAUAAAGUAAUAUUGUGAAAAAUCCUUUUUCUUGAUAUAUAUAUAUAUAUAUAUACACAUAUAUAUAAACAUAUAUAUGUGUGUAUAUAUACAUACACACACACAUACACAAUUGUUAGGAUGGUAGCUAAUUUUUAUUAUAGUUAAGUAUUAUAUUUAAAAAUUUAAAAUAGCUAAUUAAUUUGGAAUUUAAAGUGAUUUUUAUUUGUUUGUUUUUGUAAAAUUGACUUUGAGUUAGGUCAGAGUAGUUCUAUAACUAGUAGUAUUGUUAAUUAGAUUCCAUGGACUUUGGAAAAAGAUCUGUAAAUCUUUGAAGUUAUAUAGAAAUUUAUAUGUUGAGUUUAAUUUCAGGGAAGAACUAUUGCGUGGCUUUCUUAAAAUGAUCUAUGAUCUUUAUUUAAAAGAUCUAUGAUCUUUACUAUGGGAGCCUUUAAAAGUUAUACCUUUUUUUUAUUCUAAUAACCAUAUAUUUCCUUAUAUCUACUUGUCUUUUCAGUUGAGUCUUAAAGAACUUUUGAUUUUUCAUUUUCUCUCUCCUUUUGACCAUAGUAUCCAGUGGCCUUUUCUUCAUAACUCAAAAAAAUGUGUUUUUAGAAAUUUAGAUUUAGAAAUAAAAGAUUGUGUUUAGGGAAAUUUUCCAAUAUUUUGUUAUGUUAGGAGUCAGGAUUAGUAAAACACUGCAAAAUCACUGUCUUCUUAGUUAAAAUUAUCUGAUAAAUAACACUAAACCAGCUGGUACAAAGGAACUUGUGUAAGUGUAGAGACAAGACUUCCUUUUUGGAAAUGUGUUGGAAGUCUCCCAAGUCAGUAGAUGGUUGUGCUGUAUGAAACAUAGCUUCUGCUCCGUUCCCCUCCCCCCUCCAGGUGCUACAACCACAAUGCCAUCAGGGCUUUGUUCACCCUAAAAUCCUUAGGAGAGUUCAAAGUCAACCAACAUGAGUGGGUUUUCUUAAUUUGAAAAAUAGUGAUUUGGGAGUAGGGAUAUCACCCGACAGUUGAAUGCUUGCCUUCAUUGUUCAAGACUCUGGGUUUGCUCCCUCGCAUGGGUGCGAGAUGAGUAAAGGGAAGAGAGACUGAAAAACACAGAGACAGACACUGAUGGCCUUAAAUCAAGACUCGAAUGCCUCGUUGGUCCUUGAUUUGAAAUCACUUAAUAUUGGAUUUAUGAUUUUUUUUACUUAAGAAUUAUAAAAUCUUUGAUAAUCUAAGGAAAAAAUCCUAAGUGUAUGGUGUUUGACUCCUGCCUUUUAAUGGGAAGUAGUAUUUCUUUUAUAACAUGAAUACAAAGCUUUGCUCAGUUUCAUAGCCAUCUGACCCAAAUUACUGCUAGAUGUAAUCAUUCCUGAUAAUUGGAGGGUUUUUUCCCUAAAAACUAUAAACCAUAAAUGUGGUAUGAAAAUACUAACAAUAUUCUUGAAGGAUGAACGUCUAUAUUUAUUAAAACAAGCAAAUACAGUUGAACUAUUAUCUGAUAUACUCAUAUAUGAACGGUAGGUUAUGACAUUAAAAAAAUCACUAAAUAAUAUUACUGGGAAGAUAUGCUUUGACACAUUGGAACGUAGAUGUUAUCCAUAGAAAUUUUUGUAAGGUAUAGUGAAAACAUUAUUAGAAUGAAUUGAUAACUGGGUGUUUUGGUUAAUGAGUAUAAAUCCCCAGCUUGCUUGCUUUGAGUGUCAGGUCAUCUUUUCAGGACUUUCCAUCAGCUUUUGUUUCUUGAUAGAAGAAUCAUGAUUAUAAAACUCUCAGCUUCUGGGUAAUGAGCGCUUUAUUCUCAGGUGUCACUCUUACUUUUGGAAAGGAGGAUCAGUAGAAGUUGGUGGCGGUUGUGUGUAGACGUGUGUGUCUCUGUGUGUGUGUUUGUAUGUACACAUUUAUGUAAUUGCUAUAUAUGCUUAAAGAGUAAAACCAUGAGUAUUCUGUUACUACAUAGGUAAAAUUGAAGAAGAAAAGAAGGAACAAUCAGAACAUGAAGGUCAGGGAACUGUAAAUACAGACUGGCAGUUAAGUUUUGGUAGCCAGAGUUGCCUGUGAGGGAGUUUGUAUUCCCUUCCUUUAAGUCGCAAUGUAUUUCUUUGUAGGAGAAAAUGUCUGCAGAGUUGUAAGCCUGUUUUUUUCUUUUUCCUUGUAGAUUUAUGAGACUAUUUUUCAAAGAACCGAUACAGAAAUGUUGCAUGCUGGUAGAGGAAUAAGUAUGCCCACAGAAUUAGAAUUUAGACUUGAGGAUGGUCUCCUAAUCUUAGCCUCUUUAUAUUUCUUUUGACAUAGGCUAAGAAAAUUAAGUCGAGUCCCAGUUUUUGUUUGGUGAUGGUAGAGCCAAGGUAUUUGCCUAUAACUUUUUUAUUAAAGAUAUCUCUAAGGAAAGAUUUUAGUUGAAUUUUGAGAGGUUAGUUUCUUUAAAAUAAUUAUAUUUUUAAAAUAAAUAGCAUCAUCUUUGCCUCCCUUUCAGUAGAAACAUAUGAGUACUUGGACUGUAUUGAAUAUAAGCAAGGUAUUAACUGCAUAGUAUCUGGGGGUGUGAAGGUGUUAGUCUUCUCUUCUCACUUCCUACAUUGCUAUUCCUGUCCCUUUUUUUUUUUCUAUUCCUGUCUUAACCAUAUCUUCUAGGUACGAAAUGAAAUGUAUUGUUUGUACCUGCAAAGUCUGUUGUUUUUAUUUCUCAUCCAGACCCAUGCUAAUGUUAGUGUUCUGUCUCCAGUCGAAAGUCUUCUGCAUCCUCUUAAGCAUCCUUACAUGGGCAGCAAAUGUUCAUUUUCAGUCAUUUUUCCUAAUCUAUGUGUGUGUGUGCUUUGCAUUUGAUUGGUUUCAGAUGCCCAUAUAUAAGCAUUAUUUUGUAGAAUUUUUUCAUAGUCUUUUUCCUGAUGGCAUUAGGCAACAAUACAAUAUUAUCAGUCUUUAAUAUUGUGUACAGUGUGGGCCAUAGCCAUACUUACUUGAUUUAAAUGUAGUAGUUUCUGUGCCAGUGAUUUUCCCCAACCUGUCGCUGCCUAUAUUAACUAUGUUUCACAUGGACAGAACCACUGCAUUUCCUUUUCAUUAUCCUUUUCAUUGUUGAAAAGUUCACUUGUCUUAUGAAUUCUCCUUAGACCUUUUGCAUUUGAAAAUCAUAGUUAAUUAACAUUUACCUUCAACAAAAUUGUUUCUUUGCUAGGUUCAAUACAUAUACUUCCCAAUUCCUACUAGUCAAUAUUUUCCACACUUGAAAAAGUGCAAAUUUUUUGCUGUAUUGGGGAUUGAAUUCAGGGCCUCAUGCAUCCAUGUUAGUCAAGAAGAAAAGCAUUAGCAAGCAGUGUUAAAAGAAUAACCGAACUGAGUAUCUUGUAGUAUUGAACGUACAGUGAAGAGAGUUCUUCCACUAGAAAAGCACUGGUAAGCUCUCCUAAGUCCUUCUGAUGAUGUCUGCAGGUAUGACAGAAUAGUGAAUGCAAUGUUAUUUGAUUUUUCAUAGGUUUUAGAGCUUAGAGCUCAUAGAGCAUUAACAUUUGAGAGCUCUAAGCUUGUGCUAGCGAUGUGUCUCAGUGACGGUACCCUUGCACAUGGAGGAAGCCCUAAGUUUGGGAUUUGGGGUAGCAUUUUCCCCACAACCUUGGAAACAGAGUAUAGGCCUCAUACACAGUAGGAGGGGUUCUACCACUGAGCCUUACAUCCUCAGUUCAUAGAGUUGUUCUUCAUUUGAGAUCCAGUUUAUGUGUAAGUUAAUAAAUGACUAUGCCUAGGUACUACUUGGGAUUUCAGUGAUUUAAUUAAUCCUAACUCUCAAAAAUUAUAAAUACAUUAUGUACUUAUAAUGUGUAUAAACAAACAUGUGCUGAAAUUGCCGAUGGUUAUAUUCUUAUUUGUUGUAAAUCAUGUGGCCAUCCUAAUACAGGAUUUAUAUCUCUUCUCUGACUUUUAGCUACCAUAAAGUUUAGAGUAUAAAAAUUAUGUAUCUUUAUUAUAAAACCCUUAUAUAAAACAGCUAUAUUAUCAAUGUCAGCUUUUUGGCAGUCAUAGUUAUUUAUCAGCCAUAUUUUCUUUGACCACUAUCUUUACUGAUAUUCACCACACAGAAGUGGUUGCUGAACACAUUGCAAGAUUUGGACAUAUAAAAGUUAUUCUUUUCAUGCCAAAUAAAAAACCACAAAUUCAGUGGUAUAUGUCUUCCCCUAAAGCAGAAAGCAAAGUGAAUGUCACUGAUUCAGCAUCCUUUUUUCUUUGAUAGUUUUCAUGCUCCUUGAAAAUGCUCAUCAUUUGAAAAUUACUCAAUCAGACAAAGUGGUACAUGCAUAGGGUUCCAAUAACUUGGGAGACUGAGAUGGAAGGAUCACUUGGACCCGAAAGUUCAGGACCAUCUGACAGUGUAGUAAGAUCUCCAUUUCAAAAAUAAGUAAAUGAACAAUGUUUCAAAGUUGACAAAGAUGUGCUGCUGCUCUGUGUGUGUGUGUUUGCUUUAUAAUGGCUUUCUAGUAAUUUACCGGCAUUCUUAACUAUUUUUGAGUGCUUACAAAAUUUCAGUGCUUUUAUAGUGCUACUGUAAACUAAAUGUAGCAAUCAAGGUAAGGUGAGUUUCAUUGAGAGUAAGAGCAGUUAGAUUUAGAUGAAAUUUAAAAGUUUUACUGAUUAAAAUGCAAACUAUUUUUAAAACAAGUCUUAUUCCAGUUAAGAUUUUAUUUGAGUAAUAUAUUUCUAUUUACCUUAUAUUAAAAUUACAUACUCUCUGUGAUACCAUAGUAAAAUUGAGAAUUAGGCUUUAAUGUUGUUUAGUUUAGUUUAGUUUUGUUUGAGACAGAGUCUCACUAAGUAGCCUUAGCUGGCCUGUAACUACCUAUGUAGACUAGACUACCUUGAACUCAGAGAUCAUCUGCCUCUGUCUCCCAAGUGCUAAGAUUUUUCAAGAAUAUACAUAAUCAUCUUGCUUUUCAUAAGUAAUUCUGGUAGGGAGAUAUCAGUAGUUAAAAUUUAAUUGAAGACAGUUUAAAUUCUUAUCAUAUCAGGUCUUAAACAUUUUUUGGAAGUCUGAAUGUUUUGUUAGCUAAUCCCUAGUGACUUACUUGGUUUCCGUCGUCCUUCCAAAAUGAUGUGUUAACGUGGCUCUUACUGCUGAAAGCCUUUUGUAUUUUAGAUGAUUCUUUUUUCUAUUCUGCCUUUUACUUUCAAAGACUGUGCCUCAGAGACAUCACCACAAAUGUUCACCACAAAUGUAUCUGCUGCUACUUACAGUCCAUUUCACAGAAGAAAACUUGUGAGGAAGCCAUGUGGCUUUCUGCUAAAUUCUUUUAUAGGCUAAUUAUUCUCUUUCCCAUCGGUUUGCUUUUGUAUAGUUGGAAGGGGGGAAAAGCAAAAAAAAAAAAAUCAGAUUUCUGGAUAGCCAUUUUCUAUCAAAUGUAUUGCUAAAUUAAGUCAAAAUUAACAAACAUAUUUGAUUAAUUUGACAGUUUUUCUGAGACUCAAUUAGAAGCAUUUCAGUUUUAAUAGGGUAACAGUCUCUUGAAUCCAUGAAUAUAUGCAUUGGUUCAGAAGAGUUAGCUGAAAAUUCAAAAUGACUUGUUUAAUAACAAAAGGUACUUAGCUGAGUAUGAUAGGAGACCUGUAAUCUCAACACCCACAGGCUGUGGCAGGAGGAUUGCCUCGCCUGUAGGCUACCCUGGGCUACUGAAUUAAGUGUGUUUAUAUCUAUCUGCCUACCUGCCUGUCUCUCUUGUCUGUCUAUCUAUCUCUGUCUUGUCUGUCUGUCUAGCUAGCUAGCUAUGUGUGUGUCUCUGUCUCUCUCCUCAACAACUUAGAAAUUGUGCUGCUAGUUACUAUUUAAGGACUCGUGUGUUUAUCUUAAAAUGUCCCUUUUUGUUUGUUCCACUGGAAUUGAUUGAAAAAAUAAUAGUAAUAAGCCUUUUUUAUGUUGAAUUAUUGACUUGGAAACUGUGAUUCAUUGAGUAUUUAUAUGCAAAAGAGAGGGUUUCAAAGUUAAACUGGUUUUAGACUUCAUAAGGAUGUAAAUAACUUUAAUUAGCAUUCUGAUAACAAAAUUACUAUUUGGUGCAGUUCAUUCUUUCUGCUCUCCUUUUGAACUUGAGUAUACAAGAUAUAUUUUAUUUUGUCACAUAAAUAUUUUUUAAGAACUUCACUGAAUGUAUAUGAGUUAAUGUUUGAUUUGUUUCUGUAUAGUACGAUCAAAAAUAGUUGAAAAUUUUGCACUUUAUUAGUCUCUUGGAAAUUUAUAUUCUAAUAUUUUUAAAGAGUGUACAUUUAUUUUGUACAUAAUAAAUUAGCUUUGUAUAUGACAAGGGUUUGAAUGAAAUAAAAAGAUGACGCUACUUUCAUUA